AGAACUAGCUAGGACCGACACACCGGCGGGCACCCAGGAUCAAGCAACAAGGCCCCGUCCGGUAUGGCGAUGCCUAGCGAGGAACCCAUCUUAGGCAUCCGGGAGCCUGGCAUGAAGGACGAUUUUGAGGACGAUGGCACGAUCGGGGCGCUGCCUCACUUUUCGUCCGAUGGUCGGGAUCCCUCGUUCAGUCGCCAGGAGUCCUCCCAUGGACCUUUGCGCUGGAACACUAGAUGCAGCACCGAGCUGCAGAAUGUGAUUGACACCUUCUUCAUUGAGGAGCUGUAUGAGUUGGGCUUCUCCGUCACCCUCGCGGAUCCGUCCAAGGCGGACUGCCCGUUGAUCGCUUGCUCCGCCGGCUUUACGGAGCUCACGGGCUACUCUGUUCAGGAAAUUGUGGGGCGCAACUGCCGCUUCUUACUGAAUGGAGUGCCUUCAAAUCUUAUAGAUGACACGACGCGGGUGAAGUGUCGAGCGUUUUGCAUGUCCUCUACAAUGGGUGAAGAAUACACAGGAACGUCGGAGAACUUGCCUGAAGGGCUUCAAAAGCCAUGGGUGGAGCUACCAAAGGGUGAAAUGAUUUGUGUCCAAACCAACGCAAGAAAGUCAGGGGAACUGUUCAGAAACAUGUUCUACUUGAAGCAAGUGGAGUUGGAUGAGGCCCAGUACAUCUUGGGAUUGCAGGCGGGGCUCCCCGAAGAGUUCGACUUGGACGUCGACUUAGCGGACUUGGAGAAGAGGUGUCAUGCAGCCUUUAGCAGGCUUGAAGAGAAUAUGACCUUGGUCGAACAGGUACUGGCACAGCAGUUCUGGUACUCCGCACCGAUGAGGCGACAGCUGUGAUCGCCCUUUUUCCUCGAGGGAGGGCCACCUGUAUAGCAGCGCAUUGACAUCCCGAUGCAUUUUCGUGCUCAGGUUGGCAGGAAUCUCGUUCGACUCUGGAAACUUUUAUCUGGAACACCCCAUUUCCACUUAGCAGGAGGGGAAGACCCCAUUCGGAGUGGCCAA